AACCCGGAACCCUACUUAAAUUCACAGCACUCACUGUUGCGCCAGGUACCUAGGUCGUCAAAAGUUGGCUGAGUGCGAGUAUAAUAAUUCCCCUUUUCAUAAGAAAAUGGCAACAAGCCUAGAGGCAAGAAGUUUUGCAUUUCGUGUUUUACCGUCUAUUUGUGCUAAGUCACGCGCUAUUUGUAAAUAACUUUCAUAAAUAGUCAAAUAUGAAUUUAGUCGUUAGGACUGUCCUAACAAGCCGGACGUUUAGGUUAUGUGAAAGGACUCCAUACAAAUAUUUACAAACAGUUCCAAUAAACUCAUCAUGCCCCAAUAUACAACGUCGGAGUUAUUGCGAAGACAGGACAGAGACUCGAAGACUUCCUCAGUUAAUGGAAUUUCCUCCAAUAGUGUGGCCUUCGGUUAUAAAGUUCAUUAAAAACUGGAUGUUUGCGAACUUUAUUAUUAGGCCCUACUUCGAUUCUGAAUUCACUCUAAAUGAAUUUAUUGAGGCUUCAAAGUUCGCUGUUCAGGUUGUUUCAGAUUGUCUUGAAAGAAGUGAUUUCAAAGCACUGGAAGGCCUGGUAGAGAAAGACGCCAUCUCAACUCUAAAGACAGCUGUCUCUAAACUGUCGGUUUCACAACGACAGAUGCUAUCUAUCAAUAAAGAGGAUAUAUUCUAUGCUUUUCCUUAUCAGGUGGGAGUUAUGUUUGAUGAAUCUGACAAGCGAUGGGUUGAGAUAACUAUGUGUUAUCAUGUGCUGAGAGGACUCAAGCGGAUGCAAGAGACUGGGGACAUACCACCAAUUUCAUUAGGAGUGCAGCCAGAGUACCAAGACAAAAUAUUUAUACUCAACUAUAGAUUUAUAAGAGAAUUCACCAAAGGUGUUGAGGACAGUUGGCAGGUUAACAUUGUGAAUCAUUUCCAGCCACACUCAAUUAAGAAGUAAAUAUAAAAUAAUGUCAUUAGUAAUAUUGUAUAGGUGAAUAAAUGUGUAAAAUCUAAUUAAAAUGCAGUUCUUGUUUAC